GCCCCUACCGUACCUGACGUACGGUGGGACGACAUUGGCGGCCUGGAGGGCGCUAAGCGGGCUAUCCUGGACACGAUCGAGCUGCCCCUGCGUCACCCGCACCUCUUCACCGGGGGACUCAGGAGGAGGUCGGGGGUACUGCUGUACGGCCCGCCAGGUGUUGGUAAAACCCUGCUCGCUAAGGCCGUAGCCAGUCAAUGCGCGGCCACGUUUAUGUCGGUGAAGGGACCUGAGCUCAUCAGCAUGUACAUCGGCGAGAGCGAACGACAGGUUCGCGAGGUGUUCGCCCGGGCCCGACGUGCCGCCCCGUGUGUUGUGUUUUUUGACGAGUUGGACUCCCUCGCACCCGCCCGGGGAGCAUCAGGGGACUCAGGUGGUGUGAUGGACCGGGUGGUGUCCCAGCUGCUAGCGGAAAUAGACGGACUC